GCUCACAGAUGUAUGUCGGCGCUGCUCAUAUAAGCUGGAGUUUUGUCUUCCAACUCUUGCAUUUCUUCUGUAGUUUUUGUGGAAGAGAAAACUAUCUCGCCAUGGCUAGAACUAAGCAGACCGCUCGUAAAUCCACCGGAGGCAAAGCUCCCAGGAAGCAGCUGGCCACCAAGGCCGCCAGGAAGAGCGCCCCGGCCACCGGCGGCGUCAAGAAGCCUCACCGCUACCGGCCCGGCACCGUGGCUCUGAGGGAGAUCCGCCGCUACCAGAAGUCCACCGAGCUGCUCAUCCGCAAGCUGCCCUUCCAGCGCCUGGUAAGAGAGAUCGCCCAGGACUUCAAGACCGACCUGCGCUUCCAGAGCUCGGCCGUCAUGGCUCUGCAGGAGGCCAGCGAGGCUUACCUGGUCGGUCUCUUCGAGGACACCAACCUGUGCGCCAUCCACGCCAAGAGGGUCACCAUCAUGCCCAAAGACAUCCAGCUGGCCCGCCGCAUCCGCGGAGAGAGGGCUUAGACUCAGACACACACACACACACACACACACACACACACACACACACACACACACACACACACA